AACCCCACCCAAAGUCAUCCUUCACGGCCUCCAGCUGAGCCUUUGAAGCUGCACCUGUCCAUCAAAGCACUUGACUCCCUUUUACCUGCAGAGGCACCGAGGAGCAGAACCCUCAAGAGCGCGUCGCCAGAUUCUCCACAUCAGCCAAGGGGGUUGUCUGGCGGAUCACGCCUUCUGUGCUUCGUUCUCAGGACAGAGGCACUUCAGAAAAAGCCACACUUGGUGGUGGUUCUAAAGGUCGGGGUACUCUUGCAUUUUGUCUCUGUAGGUGGUUCAAAGGAGCACACAGGCUUGGGUUUAUUUGCACUCUGCACUCUGGAUGGGACCCUGAAGCUCAUGGAGGGAGCAGACAAGCUGCUGUGGUCUGUACAAGUUGACCAUCAACUUUUUGCUCUUGAAAAACUGGAUGUUACUGGAAAUGGUUACGAGGAGGUGAUUGCCUGUGCUUGGGAUGGACAGACGUACAUCAUAGACCACAACCGGACAGUAGCCAGGUUCCAAGUAGAUGAAAAUGUGAGUGCCUUCUGUGCAGGCUUCUAUUCUUGUAAAGGAGACUAUAACAGCCCUUGUCUGGUCUAUGUCAGUUUCAACCAAAAGAUCUACAUCUAUUGGGACAUACAGUUAGAGAGGAUGGAGUCCACCAAUUUGCUGAAGAUGCUAGAAAGUAAUUCAGAAUGCAGAGAUCUCCUGCUUCAGCUGGGUGUUGCUAGAGAUGAUGUUUCUGCUGUCAAAGACCUGAUUCACAAGACCUUGUACUUUCCAAGGGAAGCAGCCAAAUAGUCUCCGCACAGCUUCCAGUCAGAACGUCUUUCUGCAACCCAGGAGACUCCAUCUGCAGAAGUCCCAGCGCUCUUGGAAUGCCUUUGCAAUGCUUAUUAGAACGGACUCUCCUUGUUACAUCCAACGCCAUCUGUUCCCGUUCUGCCAGUGCAGAAUCAGGAACAAGGAACUUGCAAUAAAGUUUAUUGCAAGCAGUGUCAAUGACUCUAAAGAGAUGGUGAAGUUUAAUUACCCAUUGCUCCCUCUUUUCUCAAAAGUCGAAAAGUGCACAGUUGAAUAGGUAAAUAUAUUGUUGGGAUUAACCUUGCAUUUCUCUCUGGUUUCUUCCCAUUUAUGUUAGUUAUUGGCUUUCACGGAAAACUUCAAUAAAGAUAGCCUUUUUUUAAGGUCAAGGAAAAAUC